AUGAGUGCCAAGUUCUUCGUCACCAUCGCUACUGGCGCUUCAGCUAUUGCGAUUUUCGCCAGUUUGAUCUGUGUUGGUGUCAUUUUCCAAGACAUCAACAACCUCUACGAUGAUGUCAUGGAGGAUAUGCACGAAUUCAAAAUGAUUGCCAACCAAGCCUGGAAGGAAAUGGUGAUCCCGGCUCCUUCAUCUGGAAAUUCCGAGGUUGGAACGAUCUUCGGUCGUGACAAGCGUGCUGCUGGACAAUGCGGUUGCGCCGCACAACCCAACAACUGCCCUCCUGGACCACCAGGUCCUCCAGGAAAGGAUGGACUUGCAGGUGAAGACGGAGCGGACGGUGAGCCAGGAAGACCAGGUACCCCAGGAAUUGCAAUGAUGAACCCCAAGGAACCAACUGGAUGCAUCAAAUGCCCAGCUGGAGAACCUGGACCAGCUGGACCUGACGGACCUCAAGGACAACCUGGACCUGACGGUCAACCUGGAGCACCAGGAGCACCCGGAAAUAACGGUGCGCCAGGAGCACCAGGACCAAUGGGAGAUGCUGGUGCAGCAGGACAACCUGGAGCGCCUGGAACUCCUGGAGCUCCUGGACAGAACGGUAAACGCGGUCAUGGAGCACCUGGACCAAAAGGACCGGCUGGACCAGCUGGACCAGCAGGAAAUCCCGGAGCCGAUGGACAACCAGGAGCACCAGGACAGGCUGGUCCUCAAGGACCCGCUGGUCCAGCUGGAAAUGAUGGACAGGCUGGAGCACCCGGAACUCCUGGACAGCCAGGAGGACCAGGACUACCUGGAAGUGAUGCCGCAUACUGCCCAUGCCCACCUCGUACCGCUGAUGUCGAGACUGGACCUCAAUCUCAGGGCUACAGACGCCGUUUCUCGAAGAAGAAAUGUAUUGCAAAAGCUUUUGCACGAUCGAUCAUCAAUAAACUUUCUACUCCACUUGUUUUCAUUCACAUGAAGAAUGUACAUUCUCAGACCGAUACCCAAGCUUUUGCUCCAUGGGGCAGAUAA